UGGCCGCGUCUCAUACACGCCUAGGUUGUCCUCAGCCUCUCCCGACGCCUCCGUCCGUCGAGCUUGUCGCAGUUUCAUCGGGCUGAACAAGGCCGAACGGGACUUCCAGGAUGCAGUACGGGGGCGGCUCCAGUCAGGGUGGUUAUAGGCAGAGGCCUCAAGGAUACGGCGGACCGAGUCAGCAGCCGCAAAGCCCGCAUAGUCCACAAGGAUACGACAAUCCGCCGUAUCCGAAUCAGCAACAGCCUCAGCAAGCGUACAGCACGGGCUACAGGCCGACGUCGUUCGACGAUCCGUCUGGGGUCCCUGGAGGCGAGGCGUACUGGGGCCUAUUGAUGGACAACGGGAGGCCGACCGAAUUGAUGAUACGCCUGUGCGACUCGCUGUUCAUGUUCAUCGACCGAAACUGCUCCCAGGCCGAGCUGCGGGGGACACAACGCCUCGAGCCCGCGAAGUACAUGUGGCUCAUGACCGCCCUCGGCGCCCCGCCCGGCACCGCGGAGGCGGUGUGCAUCUCCCUCCAGUCCUUCUACGACAUGGCCGCCGUCCCGUACCAGUUCGUGCCCGUGCCCGGGUCGUCCGGCUCCCCGGUGCCCGUGCUCGACGCGCGCGGGUUCCUGCAUAUGGCCGUCUUCGAGGCGCGCGCGGACCCGGACGCGUCCCACCGGCACUUCCAGAAAGCGCUCAACGUGUUCGGCCUCGUCGACCCCGCCACGAACGCGCGGUUCCCCGCGCCGAUACCGCGGAGCGCGUUCCCGUAUAUGCCCGAGUGGCAGCUGAAGAACGCGUAUACGGCGUGGCAGACGCAGGCGAUUAUCGCGAGCAGUGGGGCGAGGAGCAAUGCGAUGGUGGCGGGUAUGCUGGGUGGGGGUAGGUUUGGUGGCUUUGGGUCGGGUAUGGGCAUGGGCAUGGGCAUGGGCAUGGGCAUAGGUUCGGGCUUUGGGGCGUACGGGGCGGGUAACAGCCAGGUGAUGCAGAUGCUGCAGACGCAGCAGGCGGAGGCGAAGAAGCGCGCGAGCUACGCCAAGCUGGCGAGCGGCGUGGUGAGCCUUUUAGGAGGUGGAGGUGUGGGCGGCUUGGGAGGCGGGUUAGGAGGCUUUGGUAGUUGAAAGAGGCGGGCGUUGCUGCAUAGAUGAUCUUUCGGUUUGGCUCCAGGGUUUGGAUGGUAUCUACUCAAUGCAUUGAUUGUGGAAAGUAUGUAGUGUGUGUGUACUAGUAUCCCGA